UUCAGGAAAUCAGUUGCUGGAAAAAGGUCUCCUUGCCGUAAUCAAACCAAACUUGCCCAGCAGAGAGUCAAACAUACACUGAAGCAGCAGCAAAUUGUAGCCAAUGGACCCGCGGAUUAUAAUAUUUAAUCUGCGGUUUAUCCAUCGAUAGGACGCACGAGUGCCGAAGCGCCGGGCCGGGCCCGGAACCAGAACCAGGCCCGGUCAGACGGAAAUAACCAGCGUUGCGUUUUGCGACACCGGCGGGCUGCUCUGUGUGUGUCGGAAUUGGCAUGCUGUCUGUAGGGGAAGUGUAGUGUAUCAUCCUGACUUGCUGUCUGUAACUAGACAGCAAGUUUGCCGAUGAGUCUCCGGCACUUCUGGUUUAUCAGAUCGGAUGUAAAAGGCUUGAGGCUCGAGCAUGGAACAGCGUGAAUUUAGCCAAAAACGAGCUAGCCUUAACGCUAGCUAACAACAGAGUUAACGUUAACGGGCAUCAACUUUUACUCGCUAACUAACGUUAGCGAGGUAGCGUAUAAAAACACCGAGCGCAACUAUCGGGUUCAUGUAAAUGUAGAGGAGUAAUUUUAGGUCGCCUGACAUUCGUCAGUUUGCUUGUUAGCUCUUUGAAAGGCCUGAUAAAUGUUUAUUGUGCGAGUAUAGCAGUGUAGCUAAGUCGUUAGCUGCUACGUUAGCCUGCCUCGACCGCCCCAAUGAAAGAAUACAAAGUGGUCGUGCUGGGCAGCGGCGGCGUCGGUAAGUCCGCGCUGACCGUCCAGUUUGUCACCGGCACCUUCAUCGAGAAAUACGACCCAACCAUCGAGGACUUUUACCGAAAGGAGAUCGAGGUGGACUCGUCGCCGUCCGUGCUGGAGAUCCUCGACACGGCGGGGACAGAGCAGUUCGCCUCCAUGCGAGAUCUGUACAUAAAGAACGGACAAGGCUUCAUCCUGGUCUACAGCCUGGUCAACCAGCAGUCAUUCCAGGACAUCAGACCAAUGCGAGACCAAAUAGUGCGAGUGAAGCGCUUCGAGAAGGUGCCGCUGAUCCUGGUCGGGAACAAAGUCGACUUGGAAUCUGAGCGCGAGGUCGCCGGGUCAGAUGGACGAGCUCUGGCUCAAGAGUGGGGCUGCCCCUUUAUUGAAACUUCUGCCAAGAGCAAGACUAUGGUGGACGAGCUGUUCGCAGAGAUCGUCAGACAGAUGAAUUAUUCCACACUGCCUGAGAAGCAGGAACAGUGCUGCACAGCCUGUGUGGUACAGUGAGGAAGAGAUUCAUAAUUUGUCUGGAUCACAACAAGUAUUUUGAUGAACCAUGAACCUGGGGACAACCGGACUUUUGAGCCUUCUGGCAGAAACUUACCACAGCUGGUAAUGUUCCUGUUCAAAGUGGUUUCUGACUGUCAUCAAGCAUCUGACAGGAAAGACGUCGGCCCUAUUUUUGAUAUCAUAACUGUUAAAAGACGUUUCUGCUGCAACCUUAACGGCCUUUGCGAUGACCCAGGAUGAAGUCAGACAGACUUUUAACGAGCAAGAACGGCCAUCUGUGAAUUUCGGUCUUUUUUCCCCCCUUUUAGUCGGAAGUAUCCCUGAAAUAAUAAGCAGGAGUGUUUGUGAGGUUGCAGCUUCUUUUUAAAGCUGCUUUAAUCACUAUUAUAUACUUUAUUAUUACUUGUAUUAUGUCUCAAGUUUGGAAUUUGACAAAGUAUUUCAUAGUAUUGAAACAUUUUGACUUUUAAGCAUGCAUACUUCGACUAGUUUGCUGCCCAGGUAAACUGCUCCCUUUAUUUGGAAAGUUUUGUCUAAAAUAGUUCUUCUGACUGACACAAUUUACAGCGAGUGUGUAUUACAGUCUGACAUUUUUUAGCAUCAGGAAACCUCGACAGGAUGUGCGACUUGGUGGAUUAAACCUGUAACAUUUACAUCAAGUCCAGUCUCCUGCCCUGUAGUUUAAGCAUUUCCUUUAUUAUUAUCGCAGUAGCCUGAAGCAGCUAAACUCAUCUGAAAACAUGCAUGCUCAAAAUUGAAAAUGUCCUGCUAAAUCAACUUGAAGUGAUAAGGAAGAGCCAUUUUACUGUUUUUAGCCGAAUUCUGUCAAAGUCUCUACAUGGCAUGAAUCGUGUGGACGCAGGUCUUCCAUUUCAGUUUUCUCGAGGAGUCUCUGUGGGAGAAUGAUUUUGGAACGACCAAAGGAAGCUCACAGUGCAUAUUUGUGUUUGACUACAUGACGUGUGUUGCUUUAAAUUCAGGAGAUGCUGAUUUCUUGUCAUCAAAUAACUCUCGCUGCAAUGUGGUUUGAUAAAAGUUCUGGCACAGUUAAUCAGAUUUAACUUUGUAUUUUUCUUUUUCUUCUAGUAACCUAUUUAUUAAAAACUAAUGACAUGGGUAGCCAGUUUUAAAUUUUUCAUUUUAUACUAGUUUUCGCUUUUUGUGACUUUUCAGGAUACAUGGUACAUUGUUCUUUUCGGGUUUUUGUUUUUUGAAGGUGAGGAUUUAACAGAGCCUUAAAUAAUUUCUGUUGCAUUCUGGUCUCAUGUCUCUUAUUUUUUUUCCUCUGACGGUUAAACAGUUGUCAUCAUUUGGUAAUAAACAUGCCUUUCUGCGAUUGUCA